AUGAGUAACUCCAAGAGAAGAAUUGAAACAGACGUUAUGAAGUUACUGAUGAGUAACCAUGAUGUAGAGCUAGUUAAUGAUAACAUGCAAGAAUUUUUUAUAAAAUUUUUUGGUCCGGAUGAAACUCCUUAUGAAAAGGGGGUCUGGAGAUUGCAUGUGGAAUUACCGGACAAUUAUCCAUAUAAAUCACCAAGUAUUGGGUUUGUCAAUAAAAUAUUCCAUCCAAAUAUCGAUAUUGCAUCAGGAUCAAUCUGUUUAGAUGUUAUCAAUUCUACUUGGUCACCUUUAUAUGAUUUGAUCAAUAUUGUAGAAUGGAUGAUACCGGGUCUUUUAAAGGAGCCAAAUGGGACGGAUCCUUUAAAUAAUGAAGCUGCAGGACUACAAUUACGUGAUAAGAAAUUAUAUGAAGAAAAAAUUAAAGAAUAUAUCGAUAAAUAUGCUACUCCAGAGAAAUAUGAGAAACUGUUUGGACGUAAAGAAGAGGAGGAAGAUGAAGAGGAAGAUGAUGAUGAUGAUGAUGAUGAUGAUGAUGAUGAUGAUGAGGAAGGCAGGAAAAAUAAGGAUAAGAUAAGGGGAGACUUGAGCGAUUCAGAAUUGGAGGAAGGUGGGAUAAGCGAAGAGUUGAGUGAUAUUGACGUUAGUGAUGAUGACGAUGAUUAA